UUAAAUGUAUGGAUGGAAAUUACAAUGGACAUUUACAAAAUAGAGAAGAUAACAGCAUUUGUUAAUCAUAAAUUGAGACAAUUUGAUUCAUACUGGGAAAAAUGGUUUAACUACAUAACACCUCAUAGGCCUGAUUUUAUUCUCACAAGUCAAUGAAUAUGUUGUAAAAAAAAGAUCAAUCCCUACUUUGUACAUAGUUUUCUUCUUUCGAUUGUUCUUUCUUUCCUCUCCUUUCUAUAAGUGUAUACCUCAGAUAAAUGUUAUGUGGAGAUUUGUGACAAAUAUGAUUAUAUGAUAUAUAUAUGUACAGGAUCAAAUACAUCUUAUGGAAAUGUUUGUUUGAUGAUGAACUUCAAUAAAGAGUAAAUUGCGUUGCAAUCUUGUUCGGGGUCUUAGGUUACCUAGUGUAGGACUAAAGAGCGACCGGAAUCCGGAUCAGAGCACCCUUAUAAUUUUUGAUCUUCUUACUGGCCACGGCUUACUUUCGCGGGGUUUAAGGUUGAGAGGACUGUUUAUUUAAAAUGCCGUCAUAAAUUAAACCAAAGGCACCCACUUGAUAAUAGCGGACUCGGGAAGGCACUCUCGAUAAACGGCAAUGAGACACGCCGUCAGAGCAGCACAACGCCAAAUUGGUUUCUGAUUUUCUCUCUCUCUCUCUCUCUCUCUCACACACACACACACACUCUCUCUCGCAGACACACACACACACUCUCGCAGACACACACACACACACACACACAUUCUCUCGCAGAGACACACACACACACACACACACACUCUCUCUCGCAGACACACACACACACACACUCACAGACACACACACACUCACACACACACACACACUCUCUCUCUCUCUCUCUCUCUCUCACACACACACACACUCUCUCGCAGACACACACACACACACACACACUCUCUCUCUCUCUCUCUCUCUCUCACACACACACACACACUCUCUCGCAGACACACACACACACACACACUCUCUCGCAGACACACACACACACACACACACUCUCUCGCAGACAUACACACACACACACACACACACACACACUCACACUCUCUCUCUCUCUCUCUCUCUCUCUCUCUCUCUCUCACACACACACUCAUACACGCGUGCGCGUUCGCAGACCUGACCCACUGAUUCGAUGACUAGGUGCAGUUCCCAGCAGAUAGCGUCGCCGCAAGCUGCACUUCGACCCUACACCAAAUCCGAACGUGGGAAGUAAGAACAUGUCAGCCAAAAUAAAAAGAUUUUGCGGACAGGCUUGACACAUUUUAAAGGGGCCAGUGAGAGAUGGGUGAGCGGCUGCCUUCGAUCUCGUUAGUUGGAGCUGGGACCUGGCCAGCUGACAGGACUUGCGUACAGUGCGAGGUGCAAGUGCCCUUUCCGAGCUCCGUAUGGCAGCGGCACUUGUACAGACAAUUAGUCCUCUGUCGGUGACCACAUACAUUGGACUGGAUCACAACCGAUUUCCUUAAAGUGAAAUUGAGCCCAGGGAACAGAGAAAGGGCAGCGCGGAUCCUCCGCCUCCUGCCCCUCUCAGGCCACAGAUAAAUCGGGUCUCGGCGCCUUUUCAUCCAAUGCAAGGAUGACGGCAGUACGGGAAGGUGAGGCCGGGAUCUCUCCCUCACUGGUGAUCUACAUCGGCAUAGAGGUGCUGAUCGCUAUGGCCUCCGUCCUGGGCAACGUGCUGGUGUGCUGGGCGGUCUGGAUCAACCGAGCACUCCGAGAGACCACCUUCUGCUUCAUCGUCUCGCUGGCCCUGGCUGACAUCGCCGUGGGCACAUUGGUAAUCCCCUUGGCCAUCACUAUCAGCAUCGGGUUGAAGACCCACUUCUACAGCUGCCUCCUCUUCUCCUGUACCGUCCUGGUUCUGACCCAGAGCUCCAUCCUUGCGCUUCUGGCCAUCGCCAUUGAUCGAUACCUUCGAGUCAGGGUCCCCACCAGUUACAAGAGUAUUGUUACACAGAAACGAGCUGGAACUGCUGUUUUUCUAUGCUGGGCCAUAUCUAUAAUUGUUGGGAUGACUCCUAUGUUCGGAUGGAACAAGUAUACUGAAGCAACCCAAGAAGGGGUGAACUCUACUCUUGUAAACAAUAUCAUAGUGUGUCAAUUUGAAACUGUGAUCAGCAUGGACUACAUGGUCUACUUCAACUUUUUUGGCUGGGUGCUGCUUCCUCUUAUACUGAUCUUUGUGAUCUAUGUGGAAAUAUUUAAUCUUAUACGGAAACAUCUGAACCAAAACACCUCAAUCAAUAAUGCUGAUCCACGCAGGUACUUUGGGAAGGAACUAAAACUCGCCAAGUCAUUGACACUCGUAUUGCUCUUAUUUGCAAUAUGCUGGCUUCCUCUGCAUAUCAUCAACUGUAUUACACUAUUCUGUCCUUCAUGCUACAAACCAAGAAUAAUAAUGUACAUUGCCAUCUUUCUAACCCAUGCAAACUCUGCUGUAAAUCCCAUCGUGUACGCUUUCAAGAUAAAUAAGUUUCGAGUAACUUUUCUCCAGAUAUGGAGCCACUACAUUUGCUGUAAUAGGGACCACAAUGCAAAUAAUUUAAGCAGAGAACAGUUAAGAGGUAUAAGAGAACAAAGUAUCAUGUAACUUACUGUACAUACUAGAAGUAAUUGUCCUGGAUAAUCAAUAAGAUCAUUAUCAAUGCUGAUGUCCUUAUACCACUAUAGGGAACAUUCAAGGACCAUCAGAAUACUCUGCAAAAAAUAAAAAAUGCAAAACAACCACCAUCAGCAGUCACCUGCUCUAGCAAAGAACCUUUGUUUCCAAUGCUUAAAACAUAUAUGGUGAUGCUUUGACAACUCUUUAUUCUUCUUCUGGUUUUCUUUCAUGUUGUCUGCUUGCCAUGUUCACACGUUCUCAGAUGUAAAGUAAGGCACUGAGUCACCAACCCGAUGAUCUGCUGGACAACAGAGUGAAGUUGUUCAAGGACACUGCAGUUUAAAUGCAGAGAAGAAGCCCUUAGCAGCAUGGAACCAACUUAAAUCAAAACACUGAUGUAUUUAAAAAGGCAGGAAAGGCUUGAAUCAUUUUAAGCAACAGGGUAGUCUGACAAUUUGCUCUAUACAAUUUACUUAGGUCUUGUGUAUUUUUUGACACUGUGAUUCACUUUGCCAUUUGACACUGUAAGAUAUAACCAGCAGGCCUUAACUUCAGUUGAAAAUAAGCAAACUAUUAAUGUUGUUUAUUAAUUGACAUCUGAAUCUAUGGUUGUGUUAGAAGACAGAAACUUGUGCAUUCAUUGGUGAUAUUAUUUGUGUCAAAUGCUAUUUAUAUUCCUUACAGCCUGAUAUAGAGAUUGUAAAAAGCAACAUGUUUGUGAUAUUCUUUUGUAUCUAAUUUCAGCUUUUGCUGAAUUCAGGUGUAGUAAAACAAAAGUGAAAAUGAAUAAUUUCCAUGGGUUUAGGAAAUGCUCAUCAUUAUUUCACAUCAUACAAGUGCUCCCAAUAUGAUCAAUGUUUUACAUUUAUGCACAAAAGGACUCCCAGUGGUUUUUCAUUCUUACAUUAACUGUGGGGAUGACAGCAAGACCAAUCCUUAAUUCCAUUCUUUCUUCUUCUUGAGAAGGCGUAAAGUACCUAUGAUUCCAACUGCGCCAAUUGUUGUGAAGAAGGUAAGCCUAUCACAAUAUUAAGUAGUUGCUCCAUUGUAUUCACUCUUUGCAAUGCCAGAAAUUGACAGACUAGAAAAACUCCCAGGAAAAUAUUUACUUCCAAAGAGGAAUGGUAGAAAUGUGCUUAUGAUGAUUUUAGGAGGAGCAUUGCAGAUGAAAAUCAUUUUAAUAUUAAUAUUAGAAUGAAUAAUAUAGAUAUGGCUGCUGCAAUAUAGAUAAUGGAAUGAUUGAUACUACAAUAAUGGUCAUGGAACUAUAAUGUUCAUUCUGACACAAACAUUAAAAUUAUUAGUUGUCUUACUGAAAUAGUACAGUUAAGUGAAAGAAUGGAAGAAAAGUGCUGAGGAUGCUGGCGAUCAGAAAUAUAAAUAGAAAACUGCAAUAUGUGCAAGAUAGUGUCUAAUUCAAGAGAAAAUGUUCAUGAAUCAUGAUACCCUCCUCUUCACGGAUGCUACCAGCUUGGUAAAAAUAUGUAUUACUUACCAAAUAGCGAUGUUGGAUUCAGAGGAGUCUGUUGAAUGUUAGUUUUUGUAAAGUCUGACCAUAAAUCCUGCCAUAGCUCCAAUUUAUAUUGUUUUACACAAAGAUCUCAAUGGACACUCUGUCAUGAUGAGGAUUGGAUUUAUUUCUCAUGGCUUUAUAACUAUAUUUAAUUUAAUUUUUUCUCCCCCUUUACAUAUGUAGGUUUGAACCUCCCCUUGUUACAGAUUAAAUUGAAAGGUACUAUUUGUAGCAAUAGAUCACGAACAGAAAAACGCAGCUCCUUGGUAAUACAAAGGAAAAGUUAAAAGUACCCUGAGAGGAAAGUUUCAGUUUGGAUCCUGAAUUAGUGCUCUUUUGCUGAUCGCAAUCAGAGCAAUAUGAAGAUGUUGCAAUUAGAGUCAGCAUCUCUCUGUAAAGGGGAGUCGAAAUCAGACACAGUCUCUACUUCUGAUUAUUAUCCAAUGAAUCAUUUUGACCCAGAACCUUGUGUGGUUAACGAGUGAGAGAAAAACUGGGCUUAGUUGUGGUGCCUUCCCGAUGAGAUAGUGGUCCAUUACUCUCACUCUAGACCACAUGUGAAGGAUUUGAGAUGUUGGUGGCUCUUGUACAUUAAUACCUCAGGAUGCUCCAGGAAAGAGAUCUACCAUUCUGUAAUUGCACCUCCUCCCAGGACAAGUCGAUGAAUUUCCAUUAGAAAUAAUUCAAAAGAGUGAAUAUGUUGAGGUCAGGGUUCACCAGAGAGUGUUCUAGAGAGGUAUUACACUGUCUUUAACAAUUCAAGUUAAAAUACCCUGGUAAUUUUACAUUUUAUAAAAGUCAAUAAACCAUCAAGCUAUGCAAGCAAGCUUGAAACAAAAUUUGUGCUCGUGUACUUGCUAGGGAAGAUGGCAAAUCUAUUUUAUGUGUCAAUAAACUUCACAAAGGUACUUCAUUGCCGUGAGAGCUAUCUUCUUCGUUUCUUUAUUGUGGCAGUUGGGCAAAAAGAACUUUAUAUCAACUUUAUUAUUUCUAAACCAGAUACUAAUAGGACUUUGGUACAUCUGAAACACUAAUUAAAGUUACAAGAUGUUAUUAAACAAAAUGGUAUUAGUGUUUCUUGAACAUUCUACUGUCCAUAAAACUGACUGUUUGUUAGGCCAAUCGAAAGUACAGCUGACCUUGUUGAGACAUUGUCAUUAAGCAAGAGAUAAGCAGUACCAAUUCCUGCAAAUCGGACAAUUCUGUGAGAAUAACAAAUAUCAAUCUGCUGGAGGAACUCAGAGGGCUGAAUAGCAUCUGUAGGAGGAAAGGGACUGUUGGCAUUUAUACAUAAAAAAUUGACAAUUCAUUUCCUCCUGCAAGUCCUGCUCCAGCAGAUUAUUUAUUGUUCGAGAUCCUCAGCAUCUGCCAUCUCUCUGUCUCAAUUCUGUAAAAGUUUCUUUUAACAGGAUAAUCAUUUUCCUGAGAAAUCACAUCAUAUUUCAGAAUCUGAAUCAGCUUUAUUAUCCCUGACAUAUGUUGUGAAAUGUGUUGUUCUGUGGAGCUAGUAUAGUGCAGGACAUAAAAGUUACCAUGUUAGAGAAAUAAAUAUGGGAAUAAUGUAAAAGAGAAAUAGUGAGAUAGACCAUUCAGAAAUCCUAUGGCAAAAGGGAAGAGGCUGUUCCUAAAACAAAGUGUGAGUUUUCUAGCUCCUGUCUCUCCUCCCCCGUGAUAGUAACGCGAAGAGGGUAUGGCCCAGAUGGUGAGGUUUCUGAAUGAUGGAUCCUACCUUUUUGAGGCAUCCCAGGCAAGUGAGGCAACCAGUAAGAGUAUUUUCCAUUGUUGGCUGUUGGAUCACUACUAUUUUCAUUGCAUUAGGGGCUGGGUGUGGGAGGGGGUAUUUAAAGGAGCAACACACCAUCCGGUGUUGGAACCUGACCAAGUAUAUCACCCAUAUUUUUUUCCAGUUUAUCUGCCUUCUUCAGGGAUCCAAUCGCUCCCUUUCAAAUAUUGCUAACCUGACUCUAAUUCCUGAUCUCAUACCAUCCCACUAAGGUGCUGAACUCCAGACAUUUUUCCCAUAGUCUGCCAUUCCAUCCUUAGCUACUCCCCCAUUCAAAAAUUGCCAAUUUCUAUGCAACUCUUUAAACUCUGAAAUCUAUUCCCCCCUCCCCCUUCUCACUCAGAGUGGAUCUGCAAUUGAUAGCCCUCUCUUGCUCUCUCCUAUGAAGGAGAAAUAUAUCCCCUCACCCCAGUCCUGCUGAGGGGUCUCGGCCCAAAACAUCAAACACUCUUUUCUAUGGAUGCUGCCUGCCUGGCCUGCUAUGUUCCUCCAACAUUUUGUGUGCGUUGCUUGGAUUUCCAGCAUCUGCAGAUUUUCUCUUGUUUGUGAUUGGAUUCCCUCAACCCAUCUUCACCGCCACCAGAAAUGAUCCAUGAUCUGGAGGACUAAGUACUAUGGAGAAAGGGCAACGCACACUUCCCGGCUUCUUACGUGACACAGAAUAAACCAUUAACAUGCUUCAUUGCGUUGAUCAAUUUCUAAGGUUCUAUGUUUUUUAUUGAAUUAUUAAAGGUGUUGUUAGUGAAUUCAUUAAAACUAUUCUUUAACCCAUCAUUUACAAAUACUAAAAUGCGAUGACAGGUUUCUUUUCACUGUGAACUUGAAUAUCCAAUAAACACACAUCAAAGUUGCUGGUGAAUGCAGCAGGCCAGGCAGCAUCUCUAGGAAGAGGUACAGUCGAUGUUUCA